CUGUGACAGGCUGGUCCAGUUCUUCGAUAAAGAAGAAGAUACCAUCAUUCUUCUCAAAUUCAAACAGUUUUCCGUGGUUUCUGCAGAAUCAAAGUCCUAAAUUUUGAAAUUGAAGUAAGGAUUAAACGCAGGAAAGAUGAGCGUAAUUGAAAUUUUAACUCGAGUUGAUGCAAUUUGCAAGAAGUACGACAAGUACGACGUGGAAAAGCAGAGAGAUCUGAAUGUAUCUGGCGACGACGCCUUUGCUCGGCUCUACGCCGCAGUAGAAUCUGACAUCGAGACUGCUCUUCAGAAAGCUGAGACAGCUAGCAAUGAGAAAAACAGGGCUUCGGUGGUGGCGAUUAACGCUGAGAUACGACGAACCAAGGCCAAGUUACUGGAAGAAAUCCCUAAGUUGCAGCGAUUGGCUAUGAAAAAGGUAAAAGGACUUGCUCCUGAAGAAUUUGCAGCUCGCAAUGAUUUAGUUCUUGCACUUCCCGACAGGAUUCAGGCAAUCCCUGAUGGUGGUGCUCCUCCACCCAAACCAUCUGGAGGAGGCUGGACAGCUUCUGCUUCUGCUUCUCGUCCACAAAUCAAGUUUGAUUCAUCAGAUGGACGAUUUGAUGAUGAAUACUUCCAACAAACUGAAGAGUCAAGCCAAUUCAGGAGCGAGUAUGAAAUGAGAAAAGUUAAACAGGAUCAAGGAUUGGAACUGAUAUCAGAAGGUUUAGAUACAUUGAAAAACAUGGCACAAGAUAUGAAUGAGGAAGUAGACAGACAGGUUCCUUUGAUGGAUGAAAUAGAUGACAAGGUGGAUAAGGCAACUUCAGAUCUUAGGAAUACAAAUGUUAGACUUAAGCACACUGUUAAUCAGCUGAGAUCUAGUAGGAAUUUCUGUAUUGAUAUUAUAUUGCUGUGUGUAAUUCUGGGAAUUGCAGCCUACUUAUACAAUGUAUUGAAGUAAAAGUUUGUGCACAUAAUGGAAUAUCCUAUCUGGUUUGCUCUGCUUGUGGUGUGCUGUAUGUUUUUGCAUCUAAUAUUUGAACCUCUUUAUUAUUUUCAUUUUAUGCUUUAUGUGUUGAAUCAUGUGAAGCAUUUCUAUGUUUCUAUAAAUAUAUGAAUGAAUAUAUUUGUUUUGCAUUUUA